UGAAUCCCCACCCCAUCUCCUCCCUCCUCUCGUCGCCUCCACGAAGACGCGUCCGGAUCCGCUGCUCCGCGCCCUAACCCUGUAGCCUUCCGUGUGGCCGGAGGAGGAGGAGGAGGAGGCAGCCAUGUCGCCGGCGGAGCCGACGAGGGAGGAGAGCGUGUACAAGGCGAAGCUGGCGGAGCAGGCGGAGCGGUACGAGGAGAUGGUGGAGUUCAUGGAGCGGGUGGCGCGCUCGGCGGGGGGAGCCGGCGGCGGGGAGGAGCUCACCGUGGAGGAGCGGAACCUGCUGUCGGUGGCGUACAAGAACGUCAUCGGCGCCCGCCGCGCGUCGUGGCGGAUCAUCUCGUCGAUCGAGCAGAAGGAGGAGGGGCGCGGGAACGAGGCCCACGCCGCCACCAUCCGCUCCUACAGGGGCAAGAUCGAGGCCGAGCUCGCCCGCAUCUGCGACGGCAUCCUCGCCCUGCUCGACUCCCACCUCGUCCCCUCCGCCGGCGCCGCCGAGUCCAAGGUCUUCUACCUCAAGAUGAAGGGCGACUACCACAGGUACCUCGCGGAGUUUAAGUCUGGGGAUGAGAGGAAGCAGGCCGCGGAGAGUACCAUGAAUGCAUACAAGGCUGCUCAGGACAUUGCUCUCGCAGAUUUGGCUCCAACCCACCCCAUAAGGCUUGGGCUUGCACUCAACUUUUCAGUGUUCUACUACGAGAUCCUGAAUUCCCCUGAUCGUGCCUGCAACCUUGCAAAACAGGCAUUUGAUGAGGCCAUAUCAGAGCUGGAUAGCCUUGGUGAAGAAUCCUACAAGGACAGCACUUUGAUCAUGCAGCUCCUGCGUGACAACUUGACUCUAUGGACCUCAGAUGCCAAUGAUGAUGGCGGUGACGAAAUCAAGGAAGCCGCAGCUCCAAAAGAAACUGGUGAACAGUGAGGCAAAUUCAGACGCUAGUCUGAUGCAUCAACUGCUGUUGGGGGCAACGACACCGAUUUCUUCGGCUUUCAGUAGCUAUAUUCUACUACACAAACUGUCGUCGUGCCAACAAGUAGUAGAAGAUGUUUAAAUUAAGUACUUGAGUAGUGUUACGGGUCACGCUUUUCUUCAGUUGAUAAAUGAUGGCUGGGUCCUGGGUUUCUUGUUCCACGAUGCCAGCCACAGGCAAAACCCUACUCUUCUGCACUGUUAGAAUUCUGUUAUCUUAACCAUGUUGGACGAAAUUUUUCGCAGCAUGUUUGUAUGGCCAACUUGGAGAUGUUUGGUUGAACCUGUCUUUGUUAAUUACUAGUUUGAGACCGAAA